CAGGACCGGAAGGAGCCCAUGAUGUUACAGCACCCUUCUUCCCUUGGCAGAUGACCAGCACUGCUCAAGUUUACUGAUUCAACCUACUGUCAUUUUUUUUCUUAACAUUCCAGGAGAUUCCAAAGCUCUGUUCAGAUUCUGAAGUUAUCUUCCCACUCAAACAAAACCAGUCCUGUUCCUACAGAGUGCAAGGUCUCAGGAUCCUGACACUGCUGAAGAUAUCUCCAGAGAGACUCAUCAACAACUGGAGAGAUGGUGAAUAAAUACAAGAAAAUUGUUCUGCUGAAAGGAUUAGAGGCCAUCAAUUAUUAUCAUUUUAGCUUAUUCAAGUCUUUACUGGUCGGUGAUUUAAGACUGACUAGAAAAAGGCUAGUUAAAUGUGACAGAAUUGAGAUUGCUGACUUGAUGGAGGAUGAAUUCCAAAAUGAUGCUGGAGUGGGCAAACUGAUAGCAUUGUUCAAAGAGAUACCGGACCUGAGAGAACUUGCUGAAACUCUUCGGAAAGAGAAGUUAAAAGAAGGAAAAACUCCAGCAAAAAAAUCCAAGCAAGGACAAGUAGGUUGUUCAUCCAUACCAACUGCCAGCAACACUCUCACAUCUGAAGUGGCGGGCACUCCCAAGCCUCAGGUGGUCAAGGGUAAGAAGAAACCAGCCAGUUACUUCAAAAUCUGGAAGUUGAGUUAAGAACUGCCCUCCAAAUCAACUCACUGUCUUCAACAGUGAUUCUAUUAAAAAAGAGACGUAUAUAAAUCAUA